CGGAACCUUCGAAGGAUAUUACGUUUGUACACGAACAUAUUUUUCCGAUGGACUGGAGAAAGAUCCCCCUCCGGAUUUUAAACUCAGAUUCAAAGAAGUUGUGGUAAAAGUAGCGUCGUUAUAUUACACACAGUGCGUUAUUUUAUAAUACAGCCACCCUCGUGUUUUAUAUUUUAUUAUUAUUGUGGUUUCGGUUCAUAAAUUUAUGAAACGAGUCUGUAACAAAAACACCAUAAAAGGCUCAAAGUAACGCCCGUGGUCUUGCUGUGGGGUCGCUCGCUGUGAUGUCUUGCACGCUGCUAAGCCCCUCAGGACUUCAGGUCCCUCUGGAGAACGGACGAGCUGUGAUCCUGGGCCGGGGUCCGGAGACCGGGGUCACCGACAAAAAAUGCUCCAGGCACCAGGUGAAGGUGGUGGCUUGCUAUGCAGACCAGGAUGUGGUUGUUACUCAGCUAGGUCCCAAUCCCAGUUUCCUUGACGGUGAGAAGCUGGGCCGUAGCCAGUCUGGUAAACUCACCCAUGGAGGCACCCUCUACCUGGUUAAUCAGAGCCACCCAUUUAAAGUACACUACUCCCUAAGCUCAAACGGAACAGCCUCGAGCAGCACGCAGAAAGGACUGAAAGCCACAGAUAAGACAAAAGGAGGAAGAAACGGGAGAGAAGAAGAAGAGCUGCAGUCAAGUCCAAACCCAAAGCGCAGUAUAAAGGAUUUCUUUUCUUCCUCUCCAAUGAAGUCAUCCAAAAGACGGCUGAGCCCAGAGAGGGGAAGCCCUAAAGGGAAGCGCAAAAGAAGAGAUGAGGAGGCUUCAGAUGGACAAAUGAAGGAGGAGGAAGAGGAGGAGGAGGAGGAGAGAAUGGCAGAGGAAAAGCUGAAGCAGCUGCAGGAGUUGGCAGAGAAGUCUAUGACAGAGAGGAGUACCCAGCCUUCAUCAUCUUCAUCCUCUUUGAAGGGCUGUCUGAAGAGCAACUGGCAGCAGAUCGGAAACCUGAUGCUUUAUACUGCUGCUGGGGUUAAAGGGAGUGACAAGAUUGCUGGGUUCGACAUUGAUGGCUGCAUCAUCACCACCAAGUCUGGAAAAGUGUUUCCCACUGGGCCGGAUGACUGGAGGAUUUUGUAUCCUGAGAUUCAGCCCCGGCUGGCAGCCUUGCUCAAGAAAGGAUACAAGGUGGUGUUCUUCACCAACCAGAUGGGCAUUGCAAAAGGCAAACUGAGACCAGAAGCCUUCAAGUCUAAAGUGGAGGACAUCCUCGCCAAGCUGAAGCUGCCUGUGCAGGUGUUUGUAGCCAGCGGUCCUGGCAUCUACAGGAAACCAGUGAUGGGAAUGUGGAAUCAUUUGUGUGAGAAGGCAAAUGAUGGCGUGACUGUUGACAAGGCACAGACUAUUUAUGUCGGAGAUGCCGCAGGUAGGCCAGAGAACUGGGCUCCAGGGAGGAAGAAGAAGGAUUUCUCCUGCAGUGACAGACUGUUUGCUCUGAACAUUGGAUUGCAGUUCCACACCCCAGAGGAGUACUUCCUGGGCUGGAAGAGCGCCCCCUACAGCCUGCCUUCUUUUGACCCUAGGAAGAUCGAGUCCACUGGGAAGCUAUACGACCCGCCGUCUGCCUCGCUUGCCUCCAGCAAGACUGAGGUCAUUGUUGCUGUUGGUUUCCCUGCAUCUGGUAAAUCCACCUUCUUCCACACCCACAUCAUUCCAAAAGGCUAUGUGUACGUCAACAGGGACACACUCGGUUCAUGGCAGAAAUGUGUGUCGGCAUGUGAGGGUGCCUUGAAAGAGGGCCGCAGUGUUGCCGUGGACAACACCAACCCAGACCUGGAGUCUCGCAAACGGUACGUGGACGUGGCCCAGGCAGCAGGAGUGCCCUGUCGCUGUUUCCACUUCUCAGCGUCUCUGGAACAAGCCAAACACAACAACAGAUUCCGUGAGAUGGCUCCAUCAGACAGCAAACAUGCCAAAGUCAAUGACAUGAUUUUCCACAGCUACAAGAAGCACUUUGUGGCUCCAGCUCUCUCUGAGGGAUUCUGUGAGAUCCUCCAAGUCCACUUUGUGCCGAACUUCAAAGACAGCCAAUCAGAGACCUUGUUCCGGCAGUUUUCUGAGGGCUGAUUGGGCAGCUGGACUUUCCAACACCUUUGACUCCCACAUUGCUGUCAUGGCUGUCACAGAGAAAACCCAGAUGAGCUGUGAGAUCCAACUAACAAGUUAACAACCCCUGCUGACAUCUUUGCAUGUAUGUCUUAGCUCAUCUGCAUACUGUACAAGUUACAACCCUGAGUCCAAAAGAGUUUGGACCUUCAGUCUAAAACAUAAAUAAAACAGAAUGUGAUUCAGGUCCAGGACUGACA